CCCCACAACAACAAUUCCUCAUUCUCCUUUUCCCUUCUUCAUCUCUCUCAAGUUCGAUUUUUGUGAAUUGGGUUUUGUGAUUUUAGCCUCCUUUCACAAUGAAGAUCAGCAAUAACCUCGUCGGGCUUCUCAACUUCCUCACCUUCCUCCUCUCAAUCCCGAUCGUCGUAGCCGGAGUGUGGCUGAGCAAGCAAGGCAGCACCGAGUGCGAGAAGUUUCUGGACAAGCCCGUCAUCAUUCUCGGCGUUUUCCUCAUGCUGGUCUCGCUCGCCGGCCUCAUCGGCGCCUGCUGCAGAGUCUCGUGGCUCCUCUGGGUCUACCUCCUCGUCAUGUUCCUCCUCAUCGUCGUCCUAUUCGCUUUCACCAUCUUCGCCUUCGCCGUCACCAACAAAGGCGCCGGCAAAGUGCUUUCCGAGAAAGGGUACAAGGAGUACAGGCUUGGGGACUAUUCUCACUGGCUGCAGAAGAGGGUCAACAGCACCAAGAACUGGAAUAAGAUCAAGAGUUGCCUUAUUGAUAGCAAGGUCUGCUCUACGUUUCGGGACAAGUAUUUCAACGAUACCAUCUCGGAGUUGUAUAAGGAGAACUUGUCUGCGCUUCAGGUAUGAACAACAUUCAUGGGUUUUGUUCAUUUUUUUUCAAUUGGCUUUGGGUAUGUAUUGAGCUUUGGUUUGUGCUUGGUCGAGAUCUGGAAUUUUGGUUCAAUUUCUGGGCUUAGUUCUUAGUCUCUGAAUUUGGGUUUGUUAACUUUUCAUGCCUGUUUUGUUUUCAGUCUUGGAUGUGUUUGAUUUUAAGUUGGAAUGUGGA